UGACCUCCUCUCCACCUGCUAUGGUCCUCUACUUGCACGGCUCUAAUUUAAGCACCACAAACAGCUCAAGCCUAAGCAGCGACGCGACCCUGCGCGACUCCACGACGCCCCAGAGCCGCGAUGGGCUGAGCCGGAGCGGCCACACGGCGGUGGCGGUGUGCCUCGGCUUCAUUCUGGUGGCCGGGAUCCUCAACAACUCUCUGACGCUGCUGGUCUUCGCAAGGUUCCGCUGCCUGUGGACACCGAUCAACCUCAUCCUGCUCAACAUCAGCCUGAGCGACGUUCUGGUGUGCGUCUUCGGGACGCCGUUCAGCUUCGCCGCGAGUCUGCGCGGUAGGUGGCUCAUUGGAGAGUUCGGCUGUAAGUGGUACGGGUUCGCCAAUUCCCUUUUUGGCAUUGUGUCCCUGGUGUCCCUGUCAGUCCUUUCCUAUGAGCGCUACAACACUGUGCUGCGUUCCUCUAAGGUGGACGUCUCAGACUUCAGGAAGGCCUGGCUCUUCAUCGGAGGCACCUGGUUCUACUCGCUCCUCUGGACGCUGCCGCCCUUCCUGGGUUGGAGCAGCUAUGGUCCCGAAGGUCCCGGAACCACUUGCUCUGUCCAGUGGCACCUGCGCUCACCCACCAGCGUAUCCUACGUGCUGUGUCUCUUCAUCUUCUGUUUGCUGCUGCCACUGAUGCUCAUGGUUUACUCUUAUGGACGAAUCCUGUUUGCUAUAAGGAGGGUGGGUAAGGUCAACCUGCUGGCCGCGCAGCGCAGAGAGCAACACAUUCUGCUCAUGGUGCUGUCCAUGGUGUCCUGCUACAUGGUGUGCUGGAUGCCCUAUGGAGUCACGGCGCUGAUGGCCACCUUCGGCCGGUCAGGGCUGGUCACUCCCCUGGCCAGCGUGGUGCCGUCCAUCUUGGCCAAGUUCAGCACGGUGGUCAACCCCAUUAUCUACGUGUUCUUUAACAACCAGUUUUACAGGUGCUUCGUAGCCUUCAUAAAGUGCAGCGGGGAACCACACUCUGUUCAUGGAGAGGAACAUCCAGCUCCAAGAAAUCAUCAGUCGGAUGCCUUUCAUGGUCGGAAACCAGCCUCCUCCAGCCCUUCGCAGCCUCAGUUCCUCUGCAGCAGAACCGCCGCUCCCUGCAGCUGCCGCAGCGACAGAAACAUCCUGUUUGUCCAUUACACACCAUGAAAGCUUCACAAUCACAUCCGUCAGUGGUCGCUUCCUUUUGGGUUUUCAUUUUGGUUGUUUUUAGACAUUUAUAAAUAUUAUAUGUAUUUUCUGGUCAUUAUUACAUUGAAGAUUCUCUAGAACAGUGGUUCCCAAAGAUUUUCUGGGCCCCCCCUAUGGAUUCCAA